UCCGACCUUGCGUUUGAAACGACGUCUCUGAUCUGGCCUGUCAUUGGAUGUUCAGCUCACAUGACUGCAGUGAGUGGCAGGGAAGUGAUGUGAGAGUGAAAUAUAAUAAAUUAAGUAAUUAGGCGUCUUAAAACUUAGCGUAUUUCAACUUUAAAUUACUGUUUGGGUUAGAAAGUGUUCUACGCAGAGUUAGGCGGAUAUAUUUUGAAUUUGCGUGAGACAAAAUAAGGUUUUCUGUAAUGUCUGAAGUCAAAUAUGCUGGUGGCAAGAAGAGGAACACCCUAUUCAUCUAUCAUUAACAAAUAGAAUAGUUUUUGGCAGUCAUGGUGGAAGAUUCAAAGUUGAAAAGUUUACCACCUGUGCAGAAGAUGCGUGGUCCCUACAUUUCAGUCAUAACAAAUCGCAAAAUUAAUUUGACAAUACGAGGAGUGGUCCUAUUUUCUAUUGGGGUUUUCCUAGCUUUAGUGUUAAACUUGCUACAAGUUCAACGAAAUGUUACUCUCUUUCCUCCAGAUGUAAUAGCCAGCAUCUUCUCCUCUGCAUGGUGGGUUCCACCAUGCAUUGGCACGGCUUCAGCUGUGAUUGGAUUGCUGUACCCGUGUAUUGACCGUCACCUUGGGGAGCCUCACAAAUUUAAACGAGAGUGGUCCAGCGUCAUGCGAUGUGUGGCAGUCUUUGUGGGGAUUAACCACGCAAGUGCUAAAGUAGAUUUUGCAAACAAUAUGCAGUUGUCUCUUACACUUGCAGCACUUUCCAUUGGAUUGUGGUGGACAUUUGACAGAUCUCGAAGUGGAUUUGGCCUCGGAUUAGGCAUUGCUUUCUUUGCAACCUUGGUGACCCAGCUGUUGGUAUAUAAAGGUGUUUUUCAGUAUACCUCCCCUGACUUCCUCUAUGUACGUUCCUGGUUACCUUGUAUAUUUUUUGCUGGAGGAAUUACCAUGGGAAAUAUAGGCCGUCAGCUAGCAAUGUAUGAAUGCAAGGUUGUUCAAGAAAAGCCACAUCAAGACUGAAGCCAGAAGUUUUGCUGGGUGAUUUUUUUUAUUUUUAGAAGAGACAAGUGGCUGUACAUUGAUCGAAUAACAUGCCAAAAGUGAAAGUAUGUAGAAUUAUAAAUAAUUUGAAUAUAAAAUUGCAACUACUGCAAUUUUAGUUUUUUCUUGUAUGUGUUACUUUACAGUGCAAUCUGUGAUUGCUAUUUUGUGUCAUUGUAGGUGGUCUGGUGAUAGGACGUCGGUAUGAAAUACAACUUUUCACAUUAAGAAUUGAUACCUAUUGAAAGAUUCGAAAAUACAGGCCUUAGCUUUAGACCUUUGGCUGUGUUGUGCCAAACUGACAUUUGGGUCAUUUCAAUUCAUCUAAAUGUUGGCAGAUAAAUACUUCUGCUGUUUAGGCCUAAAUUACACUGUUUAGAUGUAUUUAGGACAUCUACUGUUUAAGGUCAGGGAAAUAUCUACUAAUGAUUUUUUUUUCUGCUCUAAACAUACACAUCUUUGCUAGUGCUGUACCUUGUGUGUAUCUGACACUGGUACCAAUAUUAGGUAGUUUGAUCCCUGGAGGAUCAGGAUACAUUUGGUUUAAUCAAAUAUCUGGCAGAAGUAUAGAAAAAAAAACUCUACUUUUAUACUUUGUGUUGAAUAUUGUGCACUCUUUACACUUGUUGCAAUAAAAGGCUUAUUCUUAGCUGAAUGUUAGAUGAUAAAUUGCUUUGUAUUUAAUUUCUGCUCUUGAUCACAUUGUUUCAGUUCUUCAUCCUAACAUCAAAACCAAAACAAAAGUGUUCAACACAGAAUAAUCUAGUGCCACACUGCCAGUAAUGUCAUUAGUGUGGCUGUCUCUUGAAAUAAACAUUGGUUUUGCAUGGAGUUCCUGAAGAAAUGUAAGUCGGCAUUUGUAUUCCUUAAUUACCAAGUAACUUGGUUGAUAAAGUUUGGUAGCUUUCUUUUUUUUUUUUUAUUCUGGUCGAUUAAUAUAAACAGUAGUGUAAUAUAAAAAGUGAAACAUAAUUAUUGGAAAAGGCCAGAAGUUCACAUGCACGCACACAAUUGUGUGUUAAAACUAGAUCGAGAAAAUAAAAAUGCUCGACUAACAUACAUAUUCUAUUUUGAUAAAGUGAUGGGUGGAGUUCACAACUGAACAAGCCAGGAGGCAAAAGAGAACAGCAGAGUGCUGAGUCUUUGGUUUAAGUCAUAAUCCCAUUUUUCACUUUUUAUGGACAAUGUUCAUUAAACAUAUUUUACAUUGAGUUAAUGAAAUGUGUUUUUUUUAUUUAUUUUAUCCUUAUUGUUUUCAUAUCUUCAUGUUUGCAACCAAUUAGUAUGAUGAAAGUUGACGAACAUAAGCUCAAACAAGUUUUUUUUUUUUUUUUU